GUCUACGGAAUACCAGACCUCGUAGACGCUGGCUGUCGCACGCGGACUGAAGUAUGUUGCUACUAAAAUUCAUGCACGCUGGUGCGUCAUUGUUAAAGUUACUUCACGGACUUCUGGAUACUUCGAGGAAAUAGCAAGGAGGCAAGUUUUAAACAGAAUCAGUCAAAAUCGGAAGUAAGUGUUUAUUAAUGUGAAAGAACCGUUUGUAGUGGCUUGAUGUUUUUUGUUGCGUUCAUUGUGAGUUGAGUAGAAAAAAGCUGGGCGUGGUAAGAAAACAUUUAAAGAUGACCGAAGAAGAUAGCAGGUUGUAAUUUAAGUUUAGUCUCAUUUCCAGUAUUGAUAAGUAUCUGAGUAACUGUAACCGACGGUUAAAAGCUGUUAACGGAGAUUAAAAUUUGAUUUGAUGAGUUUGGUGGCUGCCCCACUGAAAUGUGACUGGUAAAAUCUAAACUAGCUUUUAUACACCGCUAUAUAAUGUGUUUUUAUAUAUUACCAACCGAUUAGACUUGAGUGUAAUGCUAACAGUAAAAAUAAAAAAAGCUAACGCUAUCUUAAGAGUAACGGAUCUGGGCUCCAUGGCUAAAAAAUACAUAAUAAUAGGCCAGAACACUUUUUAAUGCUAAUGGGAAGAUAACUUUUUGGAAAAAGAAAUAUAGUCCAUGAUCUGUGUUUAUUUCCUCAAUCAGAAAUGCAGUUACUGUGAUGAAUAGUAAAAUUGUGUGCCCACAUUUUACCCACACCUAUUUACAGGAAACUGUCUUGUCUAGUUUUGUAACACCGAAAAGGCAGAAGCGAAAUGUUUUCUAUUUAAAAAAUUGCUUAAGGUAACUAGUUUGUCAGAAACUUACCAAUAAGAAGUGUAAUGAUCACGUUGUUUAAAUAGUUAAUGUGUCUUAAACUUUGAAAUUGAAGCGCCAUCUAGUGGUACAUCUUGUAGAAAUGGUAAUUUAGUCAUCUAAAAUUUGCACAAGUUUAGGAAAUCUGUUAAUGGUCGAUUAUUUCUCAAUUGGCGUUGUAUUAUGCGGCAUUAGAAAUCCAACUUUACAAUGAGGAAAAACUUGUAAGGAUUAUGCUGCUGUGGAAUGAGCAACACAGCUAAAUGGGUGAAUAUUAACCCCAAAAUGUGCUAAAAUCCUCUGCAAUAUUCUCCUGUUGGUAUCCACUCUUGUUUUGAGUUGCUUGAUGGAUCUGAUGAUUGCAUUCUCCCACAGUUAUAGGAUAAAAAACAACACAUUUUAUCCAUUUUUACACUAUUUAUUUUACACUGUCAGGGACCUCAGUAGCAUGUUGAAUAUGCUUUUAUUUGAUCUUUAAAAAAAUUCAGGAAACUGCAUUAACACCAUGUCCUCCCAUAUUUCUUUGCUUGCAGCUUGUACCUUCUUAAACACAGCAAAACCAGCAUGGCUUCAGAGUAAAUGACAAACUGGAACAUUUAGAUCAUUAAUCAGGUUCUGCAAGUUUCACACAGCUUAAUCUUCACCGUGCAUACCAUUCCUUUUGAUUUGCUGGAAAGAAGUCUACAUACAUGGCAGAUGUUUUUGUUGUGUGACUGAAGGUGCAAGCUUACUUCAAUGAAAUGUUAAGAUUUGGGAGGACUAAUGGUUAAUCCAGUUUUAAAAACAAAUCUCGAGAAACAAAGCACACAGAGUUUGAUCUUAUUUUUAACCUGUUUUGUGCGUGAGCCAAUUUUAACUUGGUUUAAAUAUCUGAACGUUUACUUACAGAAGAGGAACAAAGAUUAACACUGACAAGAGUUGGAGUAUUAUCUCAUUUGGAAACUUUACAAGGGACAAUAGCUUCAAAAAGACUAAGACGGGAUCAGAAUCUACCUUUUUGUAAAACAAUGUUUGGGAUUCUUGUUGCUCGAGACUGACCAUGAUGCUCAACAUUAGAUAUUUACAACAAAAAUGUAAAACGUUAUUAUUACUUUAAUUGCAAUUUCUGCAUACAGGUGGUGUUUCUUCAACUGCAGGAUGGAGCCAGGUGGGACACAGAAGACACAUUUUCCAGCAGCUACAUACAGUCUGCCCUGCAUAACCUUGUUUUUCUGUGAAUAUAUUUGGUUGAUACAUUCUCUGUUUUUAGAGGGUUCAAGCAAAAGCCAGCUGUUUGAUUCUCUGCAGCUGUAUCUGAACAAGAAGAACAGAUUACAACCAAUUAUUGGUCUGAAAAGCAUUAUUGAAUGUGUGAAUGUGAGUACACUGAACAAAGAAGCACUGUUCUUGUGUGAGGUGUGUGUGUGCCGACUUGGUAAAGCUGACAUGCGGAACCACAUACUAGGAAGUCUCCAUAGAUUCAACUACAUCAAAGCCUGUCACCCCCACUUAGUGUCUAAAUGGGAGACGAACUCUGACCUGUCUGAACUGGCCUGGCCACUAAUGGAGUUGGCCAAGAUGCUGGAGGGGAAUGAAGGACCAGGAAAUGUUCAGUUGUUUGAAGUUGAAGAUGCUGUAUACAAGAGGAUGGCAACUCAGAGUGAAAAUCACGCAGUAACUCUGAUAAAAGAAUUGAGAGAUGAACAGGCUGAAUCGGGGAGCUUCCCAGAAACUACGUCUUUGCACUAUCCCGUCACCUCUGAGAGGAUUGUUUUGUUAACACAAAACCAACCAAGAUAUCCCAACAAAUCCCACAAGGCUGGCACAGAAUCAUUUGAGAUGUCAACACACACCAGCAAAUUUCUGCCUCAGGUUACUGCAGAUGCUUUUUCUUCAGUUAAGUCAAAGGUUUGUUUAAGCAACAAAUCAACACCACAGCUGGAGAUAAUGCAGACCUCACCGGAGCCCCCAGUGUUGUCAGAAUACAGCAACACCUUCCCUGAUGACUACUCAGGAGACAAGCCUCUGAUUGGUCUUGUCCGUGUAGUUGAGUUUAGAAGCGAGGGUGGCUGCUCUUACUGUUUCUUAUGCCACUGCUGCCGCAUCAGAUGCAACAAAAAGGACAUUAUUGAUCACCUAUUCAGCUCUUCCCAUCUCAUCAACUACUUGAUGGAAACUCAUUCUGAUGAGGUGGAGGAAAUCAGUGAAGAUAUUGAAGAUAACUGUCAGCUUCUCCAGUCAUUGGCUAAGGAAGUGGAGCAAGAUGAGGGCCGAGGAGAGUUGAAGGUAGUAGAAGUACCAGAAUCCCAAUGUAGGCAACUCACUGGCAAAAGUUACCACUGGUGUUUAAAGAUGCUGUCAAGUGGCUGGACUCACUCUAACACAGAAAAUAAGAGAAAUGCUGUCAAAGGGGCUUGUGUGAACAAGACUUCAGUUCGACGCCUGUUGUCAAAACAACCUACAAGUGUGAAACGGAAGAAAAAGAUGAAGAAAAAGACUAAUACUGUGUUCAACGUAAGCCUGCCUCUCCCCAAAGGAGAGAUGCUGCUGCAGGGGAGAACGUCUUUCACUGCAGACAACCUCCUGGAGUCUUCUGUAACAUGUCUGUCUGACUAUGAUCCAGUUUCCCCAUUGGAUUCUGAGACUUUGGACUGCAGGUUAGAAUGUGACAGUUCACCUUUUGCAGAUACUCUUGUGGAAGAGACCUCAGAUUUCCAAACUUCUCCACUCCAACAAGAUCUUUUUCAAAGUCAUCCAGAUGCUGAUCAAUACAUACCAGAACAUAACCCAGACACUGCAUUUCAAGAUGGAGAUGGUCAUGGGAAGCACAAUAUGUGCUUCAACCAAUUUCAAGACAUAACUGGGACAGAAAACAACACAGUCUAUGAAGAGUGGAGGUACAACAGACAGCAUGAUUAUCAUGAAAUGUCAAGUAAUGAUGCACCAACACAGAGCGAGGAACUGUUUCCUGCUGCGCCUCACACUGAUGGAUCAUCAUACAGCUGUUACUCUAGACAGCAGCAGGGGGGUGAUACUGAACAGUGCUACUUUUCAGCUUCAGACAGUGAUGGUGGAACACGACAGGAAGCUUCAAAAUGGGAGAGAAACUACAAGGACAUUAGCUCCAAUGCUCUCCAAAAUUAUUACCAACAACAAUAUCUAAGUCAACAAAUGGCAUGGGCUAAUGCAAAUGUUCAGCCAGGCAGUAUGUGGGGGUAUCAUGGCAUGUAUGAUGAAGUACCUCAUUAUUUAGAUACUGGCAGGAUAAACAUGCAAGCUCAAUCUGGCAGUACCCUUCUCCACAAUGGUGGCAUUUCAUCCGAGCCUACAGUACAGUUUCAUAAUGCUGAUCUGAGCCAAAUGCAGACAUGCACACUGUUCAGUGUUAACCAUUUCCAGGCAGCUCCACAGAAUUACAUGACACAAUCUCCAACCUAUCAAGCAAGCCAGGCAGACCAUAGGCUGAUGUCUUCUACCAACUAUAAUGUUGGGCCUUGGUCAAAUCCUUUGCAGCAGUUUGCUUAUCCAGCCAGCAGUGCUAGUAGUGGCUACAAUAUGAUGCAAGCAAAUGCUGUGAUCCCACCUGGACAACCUUUGUAUCACGACCAUCACGAUGCCCGCUCGGAUGUUUAUUUAAGAGCUGGUGCCCCCUUUAGAUAAAAGUACACUCUUAAUUCAGAAUAAUCACACUUUUUUUUUCUUUUUCUUUAAAGGAGACAUAUUAUGCAUUCUUAAGAAAUCUGUGUAAGCAUGUUUACAUGCACAGUUGAAUUGAGAUAAAAUCAGGAUUUAUUACAGCAGUGCAGAAGUCUUAAUGGGGUGCAUUUCUGUUCAAAUUUCUCAUGCAUUUAGCUGUCUGACAAAAUAAACUGAAAGUGAGGUUGUGAAUGAGAGUAACUUUAUUGGGAAUUUAGCUGUGUUAAUCUAAACUUGUUUUACUUUUAAACAUCGGAGCUUGUCCUGUGUGCCUGUUUGAGUUAAGCUGAGCAAAUGUAGGUAGUGUCAUAUAAAACAUGUAUGACUUGUUUAUGUCAUGAUAUCAUGACAAUAGCACUGAACGUAUUUCAUUUAGAAUUUCCAUCUCUGUUAAACUGAAGGGAAAAAAUGUGACUGGGAGUUUAAUUCCCAAGUACUUUGAUUUAUUUCAUCUGCAGUCCAGCCAAAGACAGUUGGUAUUGAUCCCCCUUAAAGAAAGGAUUGUGAAUUGUGCUUUAAAUUGGUUCAAGUUGUUUAAAAGCAGUGCCACUGUUUUAUGUCACACUCCAACUCCAUAAACCCUGGGCCUCACAAGUGUCCAUACAACUGUGUUUAGAGGUUUUAGGAGCUAAAAUUAAGAACAUUUGCUCUGUGUUAGUCAACUUUAACCAUUAUUGAAAUGGCUGAAUGUUGUUGUGUGCCAUGACGAAUGGGAAGUGAGAAUUUUUAACUUCCAUCUGGGUAAAACAUUUAAAGAACGCUAGUAAGUUGUAUUUCCUAAUCUAGAUAGAUAAUCACGUACUGGUGUGGCAUCAUCAGUUUUCCUUUGGUUAUAUUGUUUAACUAUAUAACUGCUAAUUAAAAUUUUGUUGUUAAUGUUUGUUGCACAGCAAAAGUAUAAAGCAAAAGGGCGUUAACGUCCUAAUUCUGAAGUAAAGUGAAUGUAGCAUGACUUAAAGUUGAUGCUGGGUGAGGAUGUAGAUGAGGUUUGAUGUUUCUACUCUCAGAUGGAAGUGAAAACCUGAACAUGAAUGUAUCCUGGAAGUGAUCAUUUAGGACCUGGGGUUUCAAACAAAGUGCCAGUGUUUCGUUGUGUCUUCAGACACUCCGAUUUAUCUGAAUAUGUCUCCUUUAAAGUUUGGACAUAUGAAAUCAACAUAAUUUUGAAGUCUCUCUUAAUGGACAAAAAUUGUUUUGUUAAGUUUAUAAAGGUUCUAACUUUAGCUUUUUUUUUUUUGGCUUUCUUCUGUUUAAAUCUUCAGGAAGUUUUGCUUUUUUUUAAUUCUUUUUUUUUUUAAUUAAUUUUUUUAAAAGACACUUUUGAGCAGUUUUUUCUAUGAGGCUGAAUUGCAAAGUAUUACCUUUAAAGCACCUGUGUAUUAGUUACAGGGCUCUGUGUACUGUUGUUUCCCAACUUGGCUGCAUUUAUUAAAGGAAAAAAAAGAUUUGGUAAAAGUAAAAAUAUCUCUAUUUUUAUAAGUUCUUAAAAAAAAGUAAUUCAGUCCAUACAUUAUACAGUUGAGGAUGAUUUUUUUUGCUAUGUGUGUCUAUAUGUUAUAAAUCAGUGCUGGAACAAACAAUUUCCUAUCACUCCAAGCUGAGUUAAAUAGCCAACAGGAAUGCAUCCAUUGUACCAACUGAGCCUUUAAUAACGUAAAAAGAUUAAUUUACUGUGAUAUUCAGAGGAUUGCUGUUGUGUUUGUGCUAAAGUGGAUUCUAUUUCCAUUCUUAUCCAGAUUUGCAUCAUGACAGAAGUUCUGAUGUAGUUUUUUGUUAAGAAUGGCUUUGAAAUUAAGCACAAAUGACAUUAAAUUUUGCCAUGUUCUUUAUUUUUUGACUGGUAAAGUUUUACAAUUUGUUUAUUUUUUAUUGAAUUAAUUAGUUAAAAUGUUAGUUUUUGGUUGCAUGUAUAAAAUAUUUUGGGAUUUUGAGUUGUGGGUUUUGGUUUAAAUAAUAUGCAAAUACAGGGGUUGGUCAAACACUGGUAAAAUAUGACUAGGAGUUUUUUUUUUCCCUCAGACCUGAGACAUUAACAGAUUUUAUAUUUUAUGCCUGACUGAUGUGGCAUAAUGCGGUGUGACAAUCUUAAACAUAUAAAUGGUGCCAAACUUAUUUCUAUUUCAGUUUUACAGACACUUUUACUUUCCUCAUUUGCAUUGAGAUUUUCUGUUUGUAAGUCAUUUGUAUUCUCAGUAUGGAUAUUCCUGUGUAUAAAUCAGUUCAUGAAGAUUACUUACCAAA